AUGACAACACCCAUCAUCCCCCACAAAGCCAAUAUGUAGGCCCCUCUGUCCAGCCUCAAAUUAAUCAAGAAAUCAAUGAGAGGAACCAUGCAUAUAGUAAUACGUUUGAUCAUCAACCCAGACCCCAGCGGGAACAGGCCGAACAGCAAUACAUUAGCAACAACAACGAUACGCAUCAGCUGCAGCAACAAUCACAUCAGCCACACCAUGAUCAGCAACAGCCACCUCAGCAGAAACAAGAUCAUCAACAGGGGCCUUACAAUGACACUUCACUACCCAAACAACCCCACCACCAUCCUAAAAAGCAUGCUGAAGAAGAUCUCACAAUUAUCCUAGGAGACUCUUUGACAAGAGGAAUCAAUACGAGGAACAUAAGAAGGUCAACCAGUAAAAAUGUAAUUAUCCGUACUUUUCCUGGGGCAACGGUUAAGGAUAUGGUAGAUUACAUUAAACCAUCCUUGCGUUUACAACCUGCCCAUAUUAUUAUCCACGUUGGGACCAACGAUUUGAAAUCAAGUGAGGUGAAAACGCUAACUGAAAACAUAUCCAAGCUCUGUGAUGAGAUCUAUAACUUCGAUCCCAAGAUCGACAUCACACUUUCACAAAUAAUAACUAGAACUGAUAGCCCUGGCAUUAACGAAAAGGUCGCCCAACUGAAUAACCUACUAAAGGGUCUCUGUGAAGCAAGAAACUUGG